AUGUCGAAUUCAGUUUCGAUUUCUCAAAUUGAAAGUUCUUCUACUUCUGAGAAAAAAAAGCAUCGCCGUGCUAGAUAUACUAAUAAAACUAGAAAAAAACAGCUCAAAAAUGCCAUCAUAACUUACCAGCAAAAUAACAUUGACUCUCACCGUUCUGCGGUGGCAAAUUAUCAACACAGUAAUCUAGAAAUUCAUAGAGCAGCUGUUUUUAGGCAUGAAAGGAAUAAUCCAGGAAUAUGA